AUGCCCAAUGGUGCUGUUCAGCGGCCGCUAUCCGAAGUGAGUCCAGUGGCUCAAAGAAGAAACUCUCCUAGCUGGAACCCAAAUACCAAGCAAAUGUUGAAAAACAAUUCGCCAGACAAGCCCGCCUCGCUGCGCCUUUACUGGCAGGGUCGCGACUCGUCUGAAAACCAAGCUCCCUAUGACCCCGACGCUCCUCACAAACCAUCCAAGCGCCCGUCUGUGGAGAAUCUGAAGCGUGUUGCGCGGGUGAGGAACAGUCACAUCUUCCGUGAUCGCAACCCCGAGUACGAUCCCUCCCAGGUAGACGUCCCGCAACGACCUCUUGCAACAAACAAGUCCCCCGAUAAACAACAGACGACAGAACCACAGACGAACAACUCCAACGAAAGUCCACGGCCACCUUCGCCCGCCAAAUCUUCUCUUUCCAGAGCCAGCCGUUUUGGCGUGAAAGGUGGAUUCGACCCGGAGAAUGAUAUCUGGUCCGACACCGAUGGUCAUCGCCACGCAAAGAGCGUGACUUUCGAUGCCGCUCCUCCCCAAGUGAACGAAUACGAGAUGACGACGCCCGAUCCCUCUGUUUCCGCUGCAUCAGACUCUCGUGACGGUAGCUAUGACUCGGAGGAAGAGGAAGAGGAAGACGACGGUGAUGUCAGUUUCGAGCGCGAAUCAUCUGCAGAGCAUGACGAUAGUUUCGACGCUUCGCUGGAAGACACUGAAAAGACUCCUGUCGUGUUGCCUGAGGAAUGGCGUUACGGACAUGAAGAUGAGGAUGAGCCCUACACAGAGGAUGAGGAGGAUGCAAGUCACAGCCCUGAUCCUCGUCCUUCUUCGCGCCAAGAGCCUUCCAGGCCGCACUCUCGUGUUGAGUCGCUUGAUUCAAACGGGGAGCCUCGGCCUCUUCCGCCUCUUCCUUCUGUGAUGCGCUCACAGGCGAACCAGUCCUCUCCGGGCAAGUUCACCACAGCCGCUCUCGAAUUGGGAAGUGGUGGGCAACGAACCCUGCCAUCUCCUCCUGGCCCUGCGACGUACAGCAAAUCCGACAUCACUGGUUUCAAAAACUCGACAAUGUCCUUGGAGGACAGGUUGCGUCUGAUGAUGAUCCAGGACGAGAGAAAGGAUGAAAAGCAGCCAGAGCACAAUGAGCCUGACCAGGAGCCUGCUAAAACGGACAAUGAACAUCACGAUGAUACCAAAGACGAGGUGAAGCACCAGGAAGAUGUCGAACCCAAAAAAGAAAACGAAGAUGCAGCGAAAGAGCCUGAUGUCUUCACCCCUCCUCGUAUCUCUAGAGAUUCCAUCUUGCGCGACCUUCGGAAAGGCGAUGACUUUCAUGACGACGAUGACGACUCGUACAUGGACUAUGAUCCGGACGUCCCUCUUCCGUCUCUUGAGGACGACGAUGAUGGCGAGUAUGAUACUGACAGCGUGAUUAUGAAGGAGGAGGAGGAGGAUACCAGUGAACUUUAUGACAUUCCCGAAUAUUAUGAGAAUGUGCCCUCCAAGGAAUCCUCGACGAAAGACCUCCAGAGCAAGCUGCCUCACGACGAGUCGAGCCAUUACUCCCUCCACUCAGCAGGAGCAGUCGAUGCUCACUCGCCACCUGCUGAAGAACCCGAGGACCGUAGCUCUACCCCUGUUCCGGCUCCCGCCGAGCAAAGCGAAAAAACAGAGCACCAUGAGCACCAUGAGCACCGUGAGCCCUCUGGGCCUUCUAAGCCCACUGAGGAAACUCAAGAAGCCCCUGAGAAGGAAUCUUCUAUUGAUGCUCAGAAUGAGCCUGAGCGGGUGCGACCCUUUUCUGCAUUUGAUCUGCGGCCUGCUUCUGCGCUUGAUGUCAGGCCUGAAUCUGCACUCGAUAGCCGGCCAGUUUCCGCACUCGAUAUGGCUUCGAUCCGUGAGACCUUGCAACGCCCGGGUACUCCGGAGCCCAAUGGCUCCCCAGUCUCAGAGCCUUCGACACCAGACUCAGUCAUCCACCAUCCUGUUGAAGAUGAUGACAUGAGCGACGUGUCUGCGGAUGAGAGUGUAACUGAUGAGAGUGUGCCUGAUCCCAUCGCUACGAUAAAGGCACCAGGAACUGCUCUCAAGACACGGCCAUCUUUGACACCGGCUGACCUUGAACAAAUGGCAGCCACUCGACGCAAAGUUAGCGGCCCUCAAGCAUUCCGCUUGCCAUCCCUGAACAAGCACUUUUCCAAUGACUCCCAGCACUCGGACCACGACGACGGAUCGCAAGAACCCGAAGACGACCCGAACAAGUUGGCUCCCCCCUCCCCGACCAAGGACACCCAGCGGCAGAGUAGUCUCGUGAAAUUGGAUAUCCCAUUCAGCAUUCAGGAAGAAAGUCUCGGCUUUGGUUUGGACAGGGAAUUUGAUCGUGUUAUGGAAAACCAAAAGAGAGGUUACCUCAUGCGCCAGAACACGAAGGUCAUUGUUGCCAGUAGCCACAACGAGGAAGAGACAGCCACCACCCCUGGCGAAGCUGCCACCGAAGCCCGUUUGUCGAGAGUCCCCGGUAAUUCGAACCGCAAGCCCAGCCAGCAGACAUGGACGACGGUCCCCUGGAACAGCCAGCGCCGCCGCUCCAGCAUUCGAACGCCCAGUGGGAUUAAGAAGAAGCCUGCUCCUGGUGCUGUGCCCCCUCUGCCUGGUCAAUCUAGCAACGUUCAGGAAACGGCAGCUGCAGACGAUGUUGAACCCGGAUUGAACGAGGCUUUAGAUGAGGGUGAAGAGCGUGGUCGAUUGUUUGUGAAGGUGGUUGGUCUUAAGUACUUGGAUUUGCCGAUGCCAAGAGGCGAGAGAUCGUACUUUGCCCUUACUCUUGACAACGGUCUCCACUGCGUUACCACUGCCUGGUUGGAGCUUGGGAAGUCUGCGCCAAUUGGCCAGGAAUUCGAACUCAUCGUCCAGAAUGACCUUGAAUUCCAACUGACCCUCCAAAUGAAAGUAGACGAACAGAAGAUGAAGGCGCCAGAAGUCGCCCCUCCAUCCCCAGCAAAACAGAAAGCAUCAACCUUCAGCCGCGUCUUCGCAUCUCCCCGCAAGCGCAAGGAGCUUGAAAUGAAGCAGCAGCUCGUCUCCCAGCAGCGCAAGAGCCAGGACGUCAAUGCCGGUGUUUGGGACCGUCUAAGGACGUUGAUCGCGCCGGACGGCAGCUUUGGCCGCGCCUACGUGGCCCUCAGUGACCACGAGAAGUACGCUUUCGGACGCCCCUACACGGUUGAUAUCGCAUGCUUCAACGAGUGGGCCACUGAGGAGCAACCCAGCAGCGUAAAGAGCAAGAAGAGCACCUCCAGUAAUUCUUCGCAGCGGCGUCCUCCUUACAAGAUUGGUAAAUUGGAGCUGCAGUUACUGUUUGUGCCCAAGCCCAAGGGUGCGAAGGACGAGGACAUGCCGAAGAGCAUGAACUCGUGCAUUCGGGAAAUGCGGGAGGCGGAGAGCGUGUCUACUCGCACUUUUGAAGGAUUCCUUUCUCAACAGGGCGGUGAUUGUCCGUACUGGCGCCGCCGGUUCUUCAAACUCGUAGGCUCCAAGCUAACAGCCUACCACGAAACAACCCGCCAACCCCGCGCGACAAUAAACCUCUCCAAGGCUGUCAAGCUAAUCGACGACCGAUCCUCCCUCACUCAGCGCGAAACCUCAACACGCGGCGGUGGCCGCCGUAAAUCCGCCUUCGCCGAAGAAGAAGAGGGCUACAUGUUCGUCGAAGAAGGUUUCCGCAUCCGCUUCGGGAACGGCGAAGUCAUCGACUUCUACGCCGACAGCGCAGCAGAGAAGGACGGCUGGAUGAAGGUCCUCGCCGAUUCCGUGGGCAAGGGUUCCUCAUCUAGCGGCAGCGUGGCUAAGCCUUGGACUGACGUCGUUCUGCGGAGGGAGAGGAGUAUGAAAGCUAGACGGCAGCCCAGUGGUGCGCAGAAUCCUGCGCCGCCGACUCAGGCUCCGCCCGUUCCGCCGGUGAAGAAUGAUGUUGGGGCUCCGCCUUCUACGUCUGCGGGAGUGCCGGCGCCGGCGCCGGUUCCUUCAAGGCCAAGACAUAAGCAUACGCAGUCGCAGCCUGAGGCGAGGGGGUUUGAUGCAAGGCGGGCGAAGACUCGUUCGUUGAUCUUUUAG